AUGUCACAGGGACAACUUGAAGACGAGGAUACACUAGACGAUCAACCAUUCGCAGGCCAUCUUCAUAUUGGCGCUCCUCAAGUUCCUGUCACUCUCGCUGCAGUGGAGGAAGGCAACACAUCUAACCCUAACGACAAGCUCCAAGAACAUCGCUACCUCAAAGUAAACUAUGAGUCUAUUGUCGACUGGAAACUGACUACUGACUACCUCCGAUGUAAUCCAAACUUCCAUGGGUGCGAACGUCGUGAUUGUGCCUUGAUCCGCACUCUAGACAAGGAUGGGAUCGACAAGUGCAUCUUUGUUCGGCUAUUGUUCAUGUUCAAGUUCACGGUCAGCAAUCACACUUUCGAACUCGCAUUAGUCCUACCCAUGGAUGCUCCCACUGGUUCCAGAGGUGGUGUGGAUCGUGAUCUGGGGCUGACUCGCCUUCGCGCACGACCUCUAGCCUCCUCGGAAUUUAUUUCUCUGCAGUCUAUCGUUCGCGGCGCCUUACUUGUGCCAGAUCAUGAUCAUGAUCGUGAUUUCUUUCUUGUCGAUCUCGUUGACACGGACAUGUUCCUCCGUGCGAAACUUUUGAGGUCCUUCUAG